UACUGGAGCUGGUGAGAGAGUGAGCCAGCGUCAGGGAUGGGCUCUUAAUUUUCUUGGUAUGUAUAAAUCUGUGUUGAAAGAAAUGACAAACUUUUGCAAGUGAUCAGAAAAAUGUCAUUUCCUUGAUUGCAGAGAAUAGUCUCACUUGCCUGUUUUUAUCCCUGGACUUGACACAUAGUAGGUGCUUUUAUUCCUGGCCCUUACACAUAAAAUAUAUUUAUGGAUUGAAUGAGAGGUGAUGUCUUCCACUUCUUUGUAUCUCCAGUGCCUGACCAUUGUGUCCUACACAGAAUGAUCUCUCAAUUAAAUGUCGACAGUAUUAAUGGUAUGAGUCAAUGAGGAAGGAGAAUGGGUAGGGGGACACUUCUUGUCUCUAGGAUCUCAGGGUUGGGGGGCUGAAUUCUGGGAAUUAGCAUCUGCAGUGAACCGCUCUUCUGGGGCUGAGAAACCCUGGGUUCUGACACUAUUCCUGGGCUCCAUGAGUGGGUUCUCCACUGCCCCCCAAAAGCUUAUCCUGUGGGGUAGGAAGUCAAGUUGGCAGCCGUGGGGUUUGGGUCCUUUCAGGUCUACUUCAGAUUUAAGCCUCCAAAAGCCCACAUGCCAUCAGCAAUGGGGCGAGGGCCCCCUCUCCUCCUCCGGUGAUGGCUGUCAUUCCUGAAUUAUAAAUACCCCAGGCUUGUCAGAUAAAGAAAAGGAAAAGGAGAAGCUCGAAGAAGAUGAGUCAGCUGCCGCCAGCACCAUGGCGGUGUCCGCCUCUCUCAUGCCCCCGAUCUGGGACAAGACGAUCCCAUACGAUGGCGAAUCCUUCCACCUCGAGUACAUGGACCUGGACGAGUUCCUGCUGGAGAACGGGAUCCCUGCCAGCCCCACUCACCUGAUUCAGAACGCACUGCUGCCUGUGACGGAGCUGGAGGGGAAGGAGUCAACUAGCUCCUCCACAGCCUCCCCGUCAUCCUCUUCCACUGUGGUCUUUCAGCCCUCGGAGACCGCCUCCAGCACAGAAUCCUCUGUGGAAAAUGAGAGAGAGACCCCCAGCCCCAUUGACCCCAACUGUGUGGAGGUCGAUGUGAACUUUAACCCUGAUCCUGCAGACCUGGUCCUCUCCAGCGUGCCAGGGGGUGAACUCUUCAACCCUCGAAAGCACAAGUUUGCCGAAGAGGACCUGAAACCACAACCAAUGAUCAAAAAGGCCAAGAAGGUCUUUGUCCCUGAUGAACAGAAGGAUGAAAAAUAUUGGACGCGCCGGAAGAAGAACAAUGUGGCCGCCAAGCGUUCCCGGGAUGCCCGCAGGCUGAAGGAGAAUCAGAUCACCAUCCGUGCUGCCUUCCUGGAGAAAGAGAACACAGCCCUCAGAACAGAGGUCGCCGAGUUGCGCAAGGAAGUGGGCAAAUGCAAGAGCAUCGUCUCCAAGUACGAGACGAAAUACGGACCCUUAUCUGGGCUAACAAGGGCUGCCUCUCUGUGGCAUCUUGGAAUGGUCCCGGGUUUUUCCUGCCCUCACAUCCCAUCAGAUAGCAGGGUGUGUUGGCCAGGUAGGAUAUCCUUGUUGUCCAGCUCCGCCCAGGAAAAAGGGAAGGACCUGGUGGAGUAGGACAGGCCUCUUUCCAUCCUCCCCAGAGAGGUGGCGGUCCAUCAGCGGCACAACACAGAGCCUGGUGUUUCCUGGCACCUCGCUGUCAACAGCCUGUGAGUGUGUCCUUUAAUGCCUGCAUUAGAACCAGAACCAAGCAUGAUUGUAGGAGGAGGUGGGGAAACUGAGGCAGCCAGGGCUUAGGAAUCGCCACUGUCUUAGGUGAAGCUGCUGGCCAUUGUCACCAUGGCCAGUGGGACCAGGAAGGCCUGUGGCUGUCAGAGGUGUUUGCCACCUAAGAUUGCACUCACUUAUUCAUGGUGCCUGCUGUGACCAAUUCCAGAUGUUUUAGAUAAACAGGGGAGGAAGGAAUUUUCUUUCUAGGUGGUCCUGGUGUGCAGAGCCUGUGGUUUGGUUUAGAAAAUGAGGCCUCCCCGCUUGGAAGCAGGCUGAGGUUAGUGGUCUAGGGACACUGGGUGGAUGGAGCAAAUCUAGUUCUUGUCUUGGUGAUCCAUAUGAGGGCUUUGCCCAUCUCUGCCAAGAGCUGUGAGCAUCAGCUCUCAGCACCAUCUCCUUCCAGUGCUGUCUUCUUGGCCAGCAAUGGGAAAAGUGCAAGUAUAGGGACUGAGGCUGCUAGAGACGGACAGAUUGGAAGAGAAGAACAGCUUGUGAGGCAGGAGGCCGUGGGCAGUUUGCAAGUCUGUCCCAAGGUGGAGUAGCCUCGAGCCCCACUGUCUUGGGGCUGUCCUGGGGACCCUUGACUUUGUAGCUGGUGCUCACCCUUCUAAGCAGGUUUGUCUGUUUUCUCUGCACCGAUGAGACCCUUCAGAGGCCCUUGAGCAAACCCUCGAAUCGUCUGGGAUUCUUUCAAGGGUGGGAAGAGGAAAGGGAAGGUGCAUGUGUCUGAAGAAAAACGAGCGGACGGACACAAUUGUCACACUUAACACUUUGCUUUAUUUAAAGUGACCUGUCAGAUCCCGAGUAACGUCACUCUAAAGACUUUUAACAAACCUGAAUGGUAAAAACCACACGUGAAACCAGUGGACAGUGACGUCCAGGAGGCCUGCCACGUCUGGUGACAAUGACCCACUUGCCCGCCUCUGUGGGAGGCUGGAGGACAGUGUGUCUUGGGGCUUGUGGUUGGAGGUUGAAAACCCAACAGACACACACACGGCUUCUCCCUCUAAGAGAACCCUGGACUUGAGAGCGUUGCGUUCGGUCAGUUCCCUGACCUGGGCAGGCAGCCUUUCUGGGGCUUCCCUCCCGGCCUUGGCCACCCACCACCAGGGCAGGUCUCAUCCUGCUGUUCUAGGUGGGGGAGACAGAAAUGGGGGGGGGCGUUAGCAUAAUGUGUCUUCGUUUUCUUUGACCAGAUACAGUGUGGUUUAUAUAUAGGCACAUAGAUAGAUGUGUGUGUGUGUGUGUGUGUCUGUGUCUGUGUGUCUGUGUGUGUAUAUAUGUAUAUAUCUACUUGUUUUUAAAGAGUAAGCACUGCUAACCAUUUUUUAAUGCUCGGGGUCUGGUCACCAUUUAUGUUCUGAUUCUGGUUGGUGGGACAGUGUUGUCGACAUCUUUUCACGUCGUCUUCUCUCCCACUCUCCUCAGACAGUGGGGGGUCAGGGCCCCCAUCCCCCAAAGCUUUCUUGAGAGGGAGGGGCUCUGUGACAAGCCAGCAGCAGGAAUAGGACCUCUGCUGGCUGUGGCCAAAGGGAGGAGGAGGCUGUGGCAUGUCCUUCAUAGAGACAGGAGGGGUCCCCCUUCUGCUGCUGGGCUGACGACAAGGACAUGAGAGGUACGAGGCUAAUUAUAUCUUCUGCGAAGAGUCGAGAGCAAAGGCAGCCUGACAACUGGAGGCUGGGGGGGGGCGCGGGGAGUGGCUCUCCUGUUUGUUUCCCAGUUUCCUCAGGAGGAGCUGCACCUCUUUGGAUACUUCCAAACUGAAAAAUCAUGGAGGAGCUCGAGGGUUAGAAGCAUGUACGUAAAAUAGACAUGUGGCCUGUGGGGAGAGGAGGCUGCAGCCCAGAGAGCUCACCGAGGCCCUGCCAGCUGAGGGGUUGCCUGAGGGGGCUUGGGCCCUCUGGCCUCAGCUGUCUGCUUGUUGGGCCACCCUGGUUACUCUCACAUGGACCACCCUGCAGCGCCCCCAUGGGCACUUUGCUCGUAUUUCUGCUGAUGUAGCACAAGAAAUUUUCUAGAAAA